GUGAACUAUUCAGUUAUAAAAGGGUUACAAUUCUAAUGAACUAAAGCAAAAAAAGGUCAAGCGAACAAAAUACAUUAAAACAUGACGAGGGCCCGGCACGGUACAGUAGAUAUCAAAAUUCAAACAUCACACCAAAAUCAAAACUUUUAAUACCAAAGUUUUGAUAUAUUAUGAUACUUGGUAAGGGUCUUUAAAAUUUUGAUAUUUAGUAUAUUGUACAUGAAAAGUAUAUUUUUAAUUUACCUUUUUAAUAUCUAAAUUUUAAAUAUCAACUUAAUUUAAAAAAUUAAUCAAACUUGAUUUUCCCAAACUGAAAUGUGAACUGCCAGAUUAAUAACCACAUCUUUAACCACUCCACAAAACCAAAAAAAUAAAUAAAAAGGGCGUAUGGACCGGGUUCGAUACAUUUAACACUAAACCGGUGUUUCAACGUAAACCGGCGGCGGCCUACACGUAUAAAUUGCCAGAUCGUAAAAAAAAACCCUAGGGUUUAACCAGAAAAAAGUAGUAAAAGUGAAGACCAAUUGGGGAUAAUGGCGAAAUUUAACGAAGUGCAGAAGAAGAGAAGAGCAAUAAUCUCAGAGAGCAAAAGAGCAAAACAUGGCGACCCGAAUACCCGUAAACUUAAGCAGAAGGUCCAACCACAUUCCAUAUCCGGAAAGCGUAAACGCAAGCUCUUUAAGAAAUGGCGCAGGGAUCAGAAGGAGGCUAUAGAAAAAGGUGUGAUAACAAUGGAGGAUGUGGAGAUGGCUGUAGCUGAUGCUGCUCAAGGGAAAACUCAAGACGCCAAUAAAACUCCUGGUAAAUUUCCGAUGAAGAAGAGCUCAAAACUCAAACUAAAGCAACUAAAGAAGAAAGGAAAGAACAAAAGGAAAUCGGAUAAGCAAGCUACAGAAUCUUCCACAGAUGCAAUGGAGGAGUAAAGCAUAAUGGGAAUGUCUUUUUCUCAUUCUGUCCCAACUUUCGUAAAAGUUAACAAUGAUCUUGUAAACUACAUUUGUAUUGUCUUGCUACUAGGAAAAAAAAGGAGGGAGAGUUCUUAUAGUUUCCUUUUGUUAGUGGUAAUAUGUUUUUGUAUCAUGCAGUUUUGUGGAUAGGAUCUUCUGGGAUUAAGGAUGUUCUGAAACACGAGGUUGAUAACUCACGAAGAACAAAUUUAAAUUGGUUAUAUAAGUUAGGUUUUUCAAUGUUUUGUGAA